AUGGUGGCAAAGCUAUUUAAUGACCUGGUUACAGCCCUAGAUAUCAUCCCUGACUCGUCUACAAUUGAUCUUUGCGUAGGCCAUCCCUCUACCUGCGCCUUGACAGGCAAAGUCCGCAUCAUCGCUAAGCGGCCAUGCGCUUAUAAAUCCUUGGUGGUUACCGCCACCGGAAUCUCGCGCGUCUGGAAUCGUCAGGGGUCCAGGACCAUCAAAGCCAAACAAAUCAUUUUGGAUGUCUCUAAAGAGAUCACCUACGAUAAUCCAAUGUUCACCAAGCGCCCGAAUUCAUUACCACUCCCUUCACUUGCUUCUCCUGUGGAAGAGCUCCCUUCUUGGACUAAUCCUACCGCCGUUACUGCUACAACCUCAUCCUCCUCCAGCCAGCAUGUUUCUGCAAACGUAGUCCUAUCACCCUCUGUUCCUCCACAAACACAACGGGAUAUCACCAGGAGCAACAGUAAUAACGAAAGCACUAGCCCGGUUACCUUCCAAUCCUCAGACUCCUUUCCUGUGGGGUCAUUACCCGAGCAGCAACAACAGAGACAAUCUCCAGUACCAUCUGAUGCGCUCUCAUCUUUCCAGACAAGUCUUGGUCAAAAUCAACUAAACCAAGGCGUCAACGAUAUCGAUUUUCGAAUAGAGUUUCCAUCUCACAUGAACAUAAAUGACUCUUCCCCGCCAAAUACAACGACUGAUAUUAGUCAACUCUGCCAUCUUCCCUCUGGCCCCAUGAAGACAACCGCUGGAGGGGACGCUUCCAUCAUCUACACCCUCCGCGUAACACUAAUUAUGAGUCGAAAAGACAUACUAGUCAACAAUCACAUGUCUACGUCAGUUCCUUUCCGAGUUCAAAGUUGGCAGGACAUGAAUGAAUCACGACACCAAAGUGAUGAUCAUACAUAUCAUGGUAAGCGUCGUAACAAAAUUGAGUUCCAGUUUGAGGUCCCUCGACAGCUGGAUCUACGACGAUUACAGGACCUACAGCUAGGAUUCCAGGGCAGCUGGAGGACAUUGCAAGAUCAUCUCAAGGUUAAAGAGAUUCAAUACUACAUUGUAGAGGAAGAGCAUCAAAGGUUCGUGGGCAGGACGAGUCCCGUGGUGAAUACGACGAUCAUCAGCACCGCAGUCACUCAUGAUUGCUCUGAUUAUGUCGUGUCCACCCAUGCCUGGAAUCAACUUCGCGCACCUGCUCGUCUACAGAUCCCGCAGCCUAAUACUGUCCUCGAAACUACUCUCCUACCUGCACCCCACAGCUUGAGUGUCACACAUAAACUUCGCGUCCUCAUCAAAUUUGAUCAGACACUGGCGAAGGAACGCGACUUACAGCUGUCCUUCCCAAUGACUAUCCAUCCAACACUCAACCUUGAUGGAUCUCCUGCUCACCCAGACCCUGAGUUUUAUCUGAAUAACCAUCUCACUAACCGACACCGCCGCCCUCGUGGGGGAAGAAGGAGGGCUGGGGGCGCGCUUUAUGGGAUUGAAUCUCGACAUGGUGAUGGAGAUGGCGAUAGCGAGGAUGAUGACCUACCUUUACCCAUGUAUGCAGAUAGAGAAGAGACCUUGUUACUAAUGGUGGGUGAGGAGGUACAGGAAACAGGCUUACAUGUUGAUGUAUUGGGUAUGGCAAUGAGUUACCCAGAUCAGACUGCCUUGUAUUCGCCGUCCGAGACAUCACCACUUAUGACAUCUCCAAAUCCUAAUUCACCUAUUAAUGCAACAGGCAGCUAUGACUCUCGCAGGUUCUCGUUGGCAGGCUCGGCGCCUAUCCUCCAGGGUGAGCAACAUGCAUGGGCAACCCUUAAUCGGUCUGUGAGCUUGACGCCAGCCGCGUCUGCUCAACUCGUCGAUUUUGCAUCUGUGUCUGCUGCAUCCAGGAGACAUUCCUCCUUUGAUUACAUCUCUGAGUAUAAUAACAAUGUCAACAACGGGUUCUAUGGCAGGAGCCUUGAGACAUUCCUGCCCCCUCCUUAUGUAUUACCGUCCCUGAGUGAAGAGCCAUCCACAAUGACGGCGACUUCAAUAACAGCAGAAAAUCUCGACUAUGAACAAAACUCUUCAGGUGGAUUGCAGGGCACACAAAGUCUAACAGAGCAAGACUCUCAAGAUUUGGAAUUAGUACAAACACAGGCACAGGCACAGGCACAGGCACAGGCGCAGAUGCUGGAACAAGUCCAGGAAGAUGGGUCACAUCAUCAAAUAUAUUACUUCGAGGAAAUACCAAGGCAAGAGAUCUCAUCAGUGACUCCACCUUUACCUUUGGAGUAUGAAAUCUCUAGAUCAAAUUCUUUUGAAAGAAGCAGUGUUGACGAAGAUGAACUUGAAGAAAGCGUUGGGACCCAAGUCAAAAAUUACCAAGGCAAAGGGAAAGAUAAACAUAUCGAAGUCCCUACCAGCCCUUUUGAUACGUCUUCAAUCACUUGUUCUUCUUCACCAUCUUCAUCAUCAUUAUCGUCAUCAUCAUACUCCAGAACAGCUUAUGGAGCCAGCUCAUCAUUCUCAGGACUUUUGACUCCGCCUUAUGAAAUCCGAGAAGAGCCACUAGACUAUCUAGAAUGAGAUAAUGGGGAAAAUCCUCCUUCUCUCUUCACUACAUUCACUACUUUCUUGUCCUCGAUACCAUCUUUGCCAUUACCACCUUCUCUAGAAUCUGGGAUGGAAUCUGCUGAACGAUCCGCUAGGGAAGACGAGCUGUGAUCAUGAGCU